AUAUAUAUAUAUUCAAAUUCAAAUACACCUGUAUAUACGUUUUGUUUUGAUGUUUCAAUCAUUAUAAGCGUUUUGUUUCGUAUUUUAAAAAGAAAAUAGCAUCAAGCAGGCAUGAAAUGGCGCAUUAAGGUUAUUAUAACAUCUGUCCACCAAAUAGGGUGUGACUGGUGCAGCAUCUUAUUAGGCCGUGAAGUGGAGUGUCAAAAUAGAGAAGACGAUUAUCAUAGUUUUAUGUAUGAUUUUGGGGACGACAAAAAAAAAAUGUAUGAUUUUGGCUACCGUCCUUUUCAAUCUUUCUUUGGUCAACAUCUAAACUUAGGUGACAUAGAUGUUAAUUUCUGUAAAUGUUUACAUUUAAUUUCCUCGAGUAGUAACUAAACAAUUAUAUAUUGUUAUAACCGAAAAUAAAGUUUAUUGUGGCAUCUUUAGAGAAUUGUUUUUCAGAGGACAAAUCAUUUUACUGCUUCAGGUUAGUGGAGAGAGCCCAUUUGAAAAGAGAAAAACUAAUAUUAAAAACAAAUUCAUCUAUGUUCUUUUCGAAUUAAAUGUUAUAUAAACAUAGGGGUGUAUUCAAUUAGGAAUUUAAAGUGAUUUAAUUUUUAAUAAGUUUGUAGAUGAUUGCAGGAGAAUUAGAGAAUUUGGUGUGGUUUUUGUUAAAACUCUCUAGAAUCUCAUCUAAAAUAGUGGGAUUUGGAUUUUCAUUUUUAUAACUAAAGAAUUCCCCUCAAACACUCUAGAAACAAUUAAAGUGUUUUUUAAAAUUCAUGUUUAAAUAACAGUGAAUUUGUCAUUUUAAUACAAAUCACUUCAAAUCCCCAUUAAAUAUUGUAUUAUUUAUUUAUUUAUUAUAAAAGAAUUGCAUCUACAAUUUAUGUUUUAUUAUGUCAGUGUUAUUUACCGAAUUGUAUAUAAAAAUUUAAUUGUAUUCUAUGAUAUGUAUUCAAAAUACAUUAAAAAUAUAUCAAGUAAAAUAAAAAUUGAUAACUCUUUAAAUCUAAUAUUUUAAUAUAUAUAUAUAUAUAUAUAUAUAUAUUUUAAACUAAUAACUCUAUAAAUUAAUAAAAUAUUAUGAUUUCAAAAUUAUUAAUUAUAAGAAUUUUAAUUUAAUAAGAGUUAAUUAAAUCAACAGUAUUUAUCUAAUUUGGGUCUUAUCAUGACGUAAAAUAAAGCAUUAAUGUGUUUGAGCUUAUACAACUUACAUUUACAAUAUUAUUAUUAGCAACUUAAUAUAUAGAUUAAUGUGUUUUUUCUUAUACAACUUAUAUUUACAAUAUUAUUAUUAGUGCUAAAUUACAUUGUUUUAUUAUAGUAUUAUCAUAAAAUAUUUUUAUCAAGGUAUUAUUAAUUAAAUUUUGUUAUGUUUAAUAUUUAUUUUAUAAAGUAUUUGUGAAUAUUACCACACAAAAUUUUCAUAUGUAUAUUGCCCUCAAAUAAUAUGAGCUUUAAUACCGGUUAGAAAAUUUUCAGUGCAAAAACAAUAGUAUUAAUAUAAUGUUUUAGUGUUGGAUUGAAAAUGACACUGUAUUCCUCUUAGCGUGGACUUAGAUGAUCUUAAGAUGAUUCAGUACCCAGUCAUAUUCAAAUAUGUUACCAAACCUCUGUAUUAUUUAUAUUCCUCCUCUAAAACACAUUCAAUAAAAACCAUCACAAUUACCGCAAUCGCCAUGAACACCUUCCAACCGCCUCCGCCUCCGCCUCUGGUGAUGCCGGGCUACAACCACCUCCUUGGCACAGAAGACAUCGUAGGAUUCAGAUACAGAAUUGGAUUCUCCGUCGGGGUGCUCCUUCUGAUCAUCACCACAAUCACCCUCAUCUCCUACUUCUGCAAACGUAGCCAGCUCUCUUCUUCAACAUCACCAGAUUGGGCACGUGUGCAUCACCACUUCAUCAUCGACGGUCUGGACGAUGAGACUAUUCAGAGCUACCCAAAGAUCAUCUACUCAGAAGCAAAAGGAAAUUCAACGUCGUCGUGUUGUCCAAUAUGCUUGGGAGACUACAAGGGGAAUGAUCUGCUGCGUCAGCUCCCAGAUUGCAACCACUUCUUUCACCUCAAAUGUGUCGACAUGUGGCUUAGAAUCAAUCCUGCGUGUCCUGUCUGCAGGACUACGCCGCUUCCUACUCCUCACCCCACUCCCCUCGCCGAGGUUGUCCACUCAGCCUCCUCCGUGGCCACCACCAGGAUGUCCUAAUUAUUAUAAUUCGAAGUCAAGCCCUAACCUUCGGGAUAUUCUUCUUUACUUCCUAUACAAGUCUUCUUUUUUGGUUGGUCAUUGUAUAUAUUAUUUGAAGCCCCAAAACAUGUAAAAGGAAGGAAAAGUAUUAAUUUAUUUCACAUU